GCUCCUGCACCAGGGACACCGCCUUCUGCGUGGACUCUAAGGCGGUGCCCAGGAACCUGCCUUCGGAGGUCAUCUCCCUGACCCUGGUGAAUGCCGCCUUCUCUGAGAUCCAGGAUGGAGCGUUCUCCCACCUGCCGCUGCUGCAGUUCUUGUUACUCAACUCCAACAAGUUCACGCUGAUUGGAGACAACGCCUUCACAGGACUGUCACACCUGCAGUACCUCUUCAUUGAGAACAAUGACAUCUGGGUACUGUCCAAGUUUACCUUCCGAGGACUCAAAUCUUUGACACACCUGGAUCUCUCUUGCAGCUCACUGGCCAACAAUAACCUGCAGACACUGCCCAGAGACAUCUUUCGACCCCUGGACAUACUGAGUGACUUGGAUCUGCGGGGCAAUGCGCUCAACUGUGACUGCAAGGUGAAGUGGUUGGUGGAGUGGCUGGCACACACCAACACCACGGUGGCGCCCAUCUACUGUGCCAGCCCGCCCCGCUUCCAGGACCACAAGGUGCAGGACCUGCCGCUGCGGGAGUUCGACUGCAUCACCACGGAUUUCGUGCUGUACCAGACCCUGUCCUUCCCAGCAGUGUCCGCCGAGCCCUUUCUUUACUCCAGUGACCUCUAUUUGGCUCUGGCCCAGCCAAGUAUCAGUGCCUGUACCAUCCUAAAGUGGGAUUAUGUCGAACGGCAGCUUCGAGACUAUGAUAGAAUCCCAGCCCCCUCAGCAGUGCACUGCAAGCCCAUGGUGGUGGACAGCCAGCUGUACGUGGUCGUGGCCCAGCUGUUUGGCGGCUCUUACAUUCACCACUGGGACCCCAACACCACACGCUUCACCAAACUGCAGGACAUAGACCCCCAGCGCGUGCGCAAACCCAACGACCUAGAGGCCUUCCGCAUCGACGGCGACUGGUACUUUGCUGUGGCCGACAGCUCCAAGGCGGGUGCCACCAGCCUCUACCGCUGGCAUCAGAAUGGCUUCUACUCCCACCAGGCCCUGCAUGCCUGGCACCGUGACACUGACCUCGAGUUUGUGGACGGCGAGGGCAAACCAAGGCUGAUCGUGUCUAGCAGCUCCCAGGCGCCUGUCAUCUAUCAGUGGAGUCGCACCCAGAAGCAGUUCGUGGCCCAGGGUGAGGUGACCCAGGUGCCUGACGCCCAGGCUGUGAAACACUUUCGUGCUGGCCGCGACAGCUACCUGUGCCUCAGCCGCUACAUCGGUGACUCCAAGAUCCUGCGCUGGGAGGGCACCCGCUUCUCUGAGGUGCAGGCCCUGCCCUCCCGGGGCUCGCUGGCCCUGCAGCCCUUCCUUGUGGGUGGCCGUCGCUACCUGGCACUGGGCAGCGACUUCUCCUUUACCCAGAUCUACCAGUGGGACGAGGGGCGACAGAAGUUUGUACGGUUCCAGGAGCUGGCUGUGCAGGCCCCUCGGGCUUUCUGCUACAUGCCUGCUGGGGACGCCCAGCUGCUCCUGGCCCCCAGCUUCAAGGGACAAACACUGGUGUACCGACAUGUAGUGGUGGAUCUCAGUGCCUAGGGAGAUGCCAAGGCCUCCGGGCUCCUCGGGAUGGCCGCGGGAGGCUGGGUAGGGGCUUCUGUGAGCGGCACGUGUGCAUGCGUGACAACAGGUGGCCACCCACAUCCGUGACCUCACAUACACACAUACCAGGCGGGCAUGGACCCACCCUGGGGACUGGCCCAGGGGAGCCAUGUACCAUCUCUGUAAGUAGCAUGAACACUGGUAUCUGCACCAGGCACACCCAGUAUACCCCGCACUCGGUGCCCUCCACCCUAUCUGCAGUCCCCCCUCGCUCUGUUGCCUUCCCUACUCUACACCUCCCCCAUCUCGUGCAUAUUGGUGAAACGGGGUGGGGUGCUGGGAGGGAGGAGGACCUGCACCCUCCUGACUCUCCACUUCUUCUGCCCCUCUGAUCCUCUUGUCGGUGCUCAAGGUGUUGUGUACCUGCUCAGGCUCCCUAGUGCAGCCCACGGUCACAUUCGUCAUGCUUCCAGGUGCACUCACCCCUGCCCCACCUGCUGCAUGCACACGUGGACACUGACGCACACAUGCUCUUAUACACUCACACAUCUGUCUACACUCCCGUUCCCACAGAUCAACAAGGCGCGUGUGCACACAGGCAGCUUCGGCACUGCCUGAAGGGGAUCCCCUGUUACCUUGACUCUCAAAGGGGCCCACAGUUCUCAUCCCUCCUCUGCUCACUCCAGUGUGCCCACCUCGCAACUCAGGAUGAGAAUGGCCAUUCCAGCCGCAGAGUGCCAGCUUGGCUUCCCGGGGGCAAAGCCCUUCUGCCUGAAGCAAUAAUAGCAGCAGACCCGGGGUGCCUGUCAGUACUGCAUCUGUUCUCACAGGAGUGUCCUUUGUGACCUUGAAUCCCAGCUCAUCGUGGACAGGAGUCCCCCCAGCUGAAAGCCUUUCUGCUUUUCUCUCUGUAGCUGUCACCUCCUCAGACUUGGACCAGCCCCUGGCUCACCCUGUCUUUGAGACAUGGCCUCUGAGCUGCGCUGGCUCCUUGGCCAGGCCCAAGAGCUGACCUCUGAGCUGCUUGUGAGGGGGCUGGGAGGGGAACUUGGCUUGAGGGCAAGUUGAGGCCCCGGCACCCCCUCCUGCAGAGAGGCACCCCUAGAAAGCAGCGCCUUUCAGUGGGUGAGGGGCCAGUGGGAGGGACCUGGGAACCGAGCUUCUGCUGCCAUCUGCUGUACGCUAGGCAUGGACGGCUCUGAGAUGCCAGGUUGGUGCAAGGGAGCUGGUAGGGUGGGGCGGCCCCCGCCAUGGGGCCAGAGGGUGUGAUGCUCCUUGCGGCAGGGUGCCCAGGGUACUGGGGUGGAGAGGGGGCAAUGCUUUGAUUCACUUGCUUCAAAUAAAAAGUUCUCACCCCACGGC